AUGACCCCCCUCAGUCCUGAGCAAGCUGAGGCAAACAAGACCUCUCCUCCCUGGGUCGCCAGCUUCCUGACCCUCGAACUACAACAAAAUUGCUCCUCCCUGGGUCAGCAGCUCCACAACCCUCAAACUACAACAAGACCUCUCCUCCCCGGGUCGCCAGCUUCUGGACCCUCAAACUACAACAAAAUUGCUCCUCCCUGGGUCGGCUGCUCCACAACCCUCAAACUUGAACAAGACUUCUCCUCCUCGGGUUGCCAGCUUCCAGACCCUCAAAUUACAACAAAAUUGCUCCUCCCUGGGUCUGCAGCUCCACGACCCUCAGACCAGAACAAGACCUCUCCUCCCUGGGUCACCAGUUUCCAGACCCUCGAACUACAAGAAAAUUGCUCCUCCCUGGGUUGGCAGCUCCAUGACCCUCAAACUCCAAUAAGACUUCUCCUCCCUGGGUCGCCAGCUUCCGGACUCUCGAAUUACAACAAAAUUGCUCCUCCCUGGUUCGGCAGCUCCACGACCGUCAAACUAGAACAAGACCUCUCCCCGCUGGGUUGCCAGCUUUCUGACCCUCGAACUAAAACAACAUUGCUCCUGCCUGGGUCUGCAGCUCCAUUACCCUCAAACUCGAACAAGACCUCUCCUCCCUGGGUCGCCAGCUUUCUGACCCUCGAACUACAGCAAUGUUGCUCCUCCCUGGGUCAGCAGCUCCACGACCCUCAGACUCAAACAAGACUUCUCUUCCGCGGGUUGUCAGCUACCGGACUCUCGAAUUACAACAACAUUGCUCCUCCCUGGGUCAGCAGCUCCACGACCCUCAGACCAGAUCAAGACCUCUCCUCCCUGGGUCACCAGCUUCCAGACCCUCGAACUACAACAAAAUUGCUCCUCCCUGGGUUGGCAGCUCCACGACCCUCAAACUCCAACAAGACUUCUCCUCCCCGGGUUGCCAGCUGCCGGACCCUCAAAUUACAACAACAUUGCUCCUCCCUGGGUCAGCAGCUCCACGACCCUGAAACUAGAACAAGACCUCUCCUCCCUGGGUCACCAGCUUUCUGACCCUCGAACUAUAACAACAAUGCUGCUGCCUGAGUCUGCAGCUCCACGACCCUCAAACUAGAACAAGACGUCUCCUCCCUAAGUCUCCAGCUUCCGGAUCCUCGAAUUGCAACAACGUUGCUCCUGCCUGCGUCUUCAGCUCCACAAAAACCAAGCUAGAACAAGACCUCUCCUCCCUGGGUCGCCAGCUUCCUGACCCAUGAAUUACCACAAAAUUGUUCCUACCUGGGUCGGCAGCUCCACGACCCUCAAAUUAGAACAAGACCUCUCCUCCCUGGGUCGCCGGCUUCCAGACCCUCGAUCGAACUACAACAAAAUUGCUCCUCCCUGGGUCACCAGCUUUCUGACCCUCGAACUAUAACAACAAUGCUGCUGCCUGAGUCUGCAGCUCCACGACCCUCAAACUAGAACAAGACGUCUCCUCCCUAAGUCUCCAGCUUCCGGAUCCUCGAAUUGCAACAACGUUGCUCCUGCCUGGGUCUUCAGCUCCACAAAAAUCAAGCUAGAACAAGACCUCUCCUCCCUGGGUCGCCAGCUUCCUGACCCUCAAACUACAACAAAAUUGCUCCUCCCUGGGUCAGCAACUCCACGACCCUCAAACUACAACAAGACCUCUCCUCCCUGGGUCGCCAGCUUCUGGACCCUCAAACUACAACAAAAUUGCUCCUCCCUGGGUCGGCUUCUCCACAACCCUCAAACUUGAACAAGACGUCUCCUCCUCGGGUUGCCAGCUUCCAGACCCUCAAAUUACAACAAUAUUGCUCCUCCCUGGGUCUGCAGCUCCACGACCCUCAGACUAGUACAAGACCUCUCCCUGGGUCACCAGCUUCCAGACCCUCGAUCGAACUACAACAAAAUUGCUCCUUGCUGGGUCAGCAGCUCCACGACCCUGAAACUAGAACAAGACUUCUCCUCCCUGGGUCGCCAGCUUCCUGACCCUUGAACUACAACAAAAUUGCUCCUCGCUGGGUCAGCAGCUCCACGACCCUGAAACUAGAACAAGACUUCUUCUCCCCAUGUUGCCAGCUACUGGAACCUCGAAUUACAACAACAUUGCUCCUGCCUGGGUCUGCAGCUCCACGACCCUCAAACUCGAACAAGACCUCUCCUCCCUGGGUCGCCAGCUUUCUGACCCUCGAACUACAGCAAUGUUGCUCCUGCCUGGGUCUGUGCUCCACGACCCUCAAACUAGAACAGCAGCACCAGCUGCUUCCUGGACUUCCAGCUCAAUGACUCUCAGACUUCAAAGGCAGCAAUGGCUCCACCCCCAGGCUCCAGCUCCAACACCCUCAGAUCUGAGCAGCGGCAGCACCAGCUCCUUUCUGGGUCUUCUUUUUCACGAUCCUUAAAUUAGAACAGCAGCACCAUCUUCUCCCUGGGUCUCCAGCUCCACGAAACUCAAGCUAGAAUAGCAGCACCGGCUCCUCUGGGAUCUUCAGCUCCACGACCCUAAGACAUCAGUGGCAGCACCGGCUCCUCCCCUGGGCUCCAGCUCCAGGACCCUCAAACUUGAACAGAAUCACCAGCUCCUCCCCAGGCCUCCAGCUCCUUGACCCUCAUAAACAAUCCCUUCUUAUGAAAUGUAGCAGUCAGGAAAACUGUAGAGGAAGUAAAUAAAUAAAUGGUUUCCUUUCAAA